AUGAAUGGUACAGGAUUAGGACACCUCUUUCUCUCUCUCUGUGGGACCUUUCUACUGUGUCCUCUGGUGGUGAAAACUCAGAAUGACACAGAGCCCAUUGUACUCGAGGGGAAGUGUUUGGUGGUGUGUGACUCCACUCCAGCUGCAGAACCAGGAGGUAACGCACUGGGAAUGUCAGUUCGCUCUGGUACAGGGCGCAUUGCCUUUUCUGCCAUCCGCAACACUAAUCUUGAACCAUCUGAGAUGAGCAACCGGACAAUGACUAUUUACUUUGAUCAGGUCUUGGUAAACAUUGGCAGCCAUUUUGACCCUGCACGGAGCAUCUUCCUGGCACCUAGAAAAGGGGUGUACAGCUUCAGUUUCCAUGUGGUCAAAGUUUACAAUAGACAGACGAUACAGGUAAGCUUGGUGUUGAAUGGUUGGCCAGUGAUCUCAGCCUUUGCAGGGGAUCAGGAUGUGACACGUGAGGCAGCAACCAAUGCAGGACUGGUUACCAUGGAAAGAGGAGACAAGGCCUACCUCAAACUUGAGCGAGGAAACCUGAUGGGUGGCUGGAAGUAUUCGACUUUUUCUGGGUUUCUUGUUUUCCCUUUAUAG